AUGGCGCACCCACGGCCGUUAAUAUAUCCUUUGCGCGGCCUCGCUAUUUCACCAAUAGCUCCCAUAAGCAGAUGCACUAGCCCGUUAAUCGCUGCCUCGAGAGCAGAAGUUCCGCGCAUCGUCUCAAUACCACAUCAGUCGAUACGAUAUGCAACCACCUUUAAGAACAAUAAGGCGAGCAAGAGGGCUAAGAAGACGUCGCCAACAUUCCAACAACCUGACCUGGGCAAAUUGGACAAAUUCUCGCUAGUGGAUGCGAUGCGGUAUAUUCGCGCCUUCGAAGUAGGCCGCAACCCGUCGUCAUCAAAGUACGAAAUGGCCGUCCGUCUGCGCACACUUAGGAACGGCCCCGCAAUAAGAAACCGCUUACGACUCCCGCAUCCUGUCAAGACGGACCUAAGAAUUGCUGUCAUAGCAGCGCCAGACUCGAAAGCUGCUGCUGAUGCCCGGGCCUCUGGCGCUGUCCUGAUAGGCGAAGAAGACAUCUUUGCCCAAAUCAAGGCGGACAAAGUGGCUUUCGAUAGGUUAAUUUGCACCAUCGAGAGCUUCCCGAAGUUGACCAAGGCGAACUUGGGUCGGAUACUAGGGCCCAAGGGCCUAAUGCCGAGCGCGAAGGCGGGGACCGUAGUUACGCAGACAGCCGUGGGUUCGAUUGUGCGUAACAUGGUAAGCGGAGCAGAGUACAGGGAAAAACUGGGUGUAAUUCGCAUGGCAGUCGGACAGCUGGGCUUCACACCGGAACAGAUGAUGGAAAAUAUUGUGGCUUUCACGAGUGCAAUAAAGAAGGAUAUCUCGCAGCUCCAAGGGCGCAUCAGCAAGGAGGUGCAUGAAGUGGUUCUCAGCUCGACAAAUUCGCCAGGCUUCACCCUAAAUGGAGACUUCAAGGGCCCCAAUUCUAUAUCACCCAAGGAAUUGGAAGGGCCUAUAUAGCUGUAGCUUGUGGCAUGUAUGAAUAAUGUACCAUACCCAA